GCACCCGCAGCCCGGCGCAUGGCUCCGGCGUCUCUCGGCAUGAACCCGACUGGGCUCAGGGCGCGCGGCGGGGGCGGCGCAGGGCCUGGUCCGCUGCCCUUCAGCGUCGAGUCUUUGCUGGAGGCAGAGCGCGGGCCGGCUGCGGAGUCCGCGGAACCGGGGGAGGAGAGGCCGCUGGGCGUCUCGGAGCCUGGGGCCUGGUUCCCGCCGGCCGCCCGCGCAUCCCCCCCACGUGCCCCCAGCCCUCCACCCUGCACCCUCCGAAAACAUAAGAACAACCGAAAGCCGCGGACUCCCUUCACCACCGCUCAGCUGCUGGCGUUGGAGCGCAAGUUCCGCCAGAAGCAGUACCUGUCCAUCGCGGAGCGAGCCGAAUUCUCCCGCAGCCUGAGCCUCACUGAGACGCAGGUCAAGAUCUGGUUUCAGAACCGCCGGGCCAAGGCCAAAAGGCUACAAGAGGCAGAGUUGGAGAAGCUGAAGCUGGCCUACAAGCCGCUGCUACCCCCG